AGAGAAGCGUACACUUCCAUUUUCUCGAUCCACUCGGCGAACAGAGAGCACGUGUUUGUGUCGCCGGCAGUUUCGUUUAAUACGAAGUACUCGACUUUUUUUGUAUCUUAUCGAAAUCUCACCGUUGUUUACGCCAUUAUCACGUAUCGUGUAUAAUAUUCGAAUCGAUCGUUUAAUUAUCCUUUUCCAUAUAAUAAUAUCAACAUGAAUCCGGAAAAGUUGAAGAAGCUUCAAGCCCAAGUACGAAUCGGCGGUAAGGGAACACCCCGACGCAAGAAGAAGGUAGUACAUGCGACCGCUGCGACAGAUGACAAAAAGCUACAAAGUUGUCUGAAAAAAUUAUCUGUUAAUACUAUUCCUGGUAUAGAGGAAGUUAACAUGAUCAAGGACGAUGGUACUGUCGUCCAUUUUAAUAAUCCAAAAGCUCAGGCCAGUUUAUCGGCUAACACAUUUGCGAUUACUGGCCAUGGGGAAAAUAAACAAAUAACCGAAAUGUUGCCUGGUAUACUAAGUCAAUUAGGUCCAGAAGGUUUAACGCAACUUAAGCGGUUAGCAAGUACAGUGGCAGGUAGCGCAGUUGGUAAAGCUACGUUAGAAGAAGACGACGAAGUUCCAGACUUAGUCGAGAAUUUUGAUGAGGCAAGCAAAGAAGAGGUUGCACCAAAAAAAGAAGUCGAAGAGAAUGAUAAAGUCUCCGGUGACAAAAAAGAAAUAAUCACAAUCGACGAAAAGAAAGAGGCACCAUUAGCUACGCCCGAAGCUUAAAGAAUUUAUUGUCGAGGUAAAGCCCUAGAUUUCCUUAUUUUCUAUAGAUGUUUCCCAGGACAGACUGUUGUAAUUAAAAGUCAAGAAAUGCGAAGUUGCAUAAGCAACAAUUAAGCGAAAUAUAACUAUACACACGUUAUAAAUACUUGACAUACACUAUAAUACUGCUAUAUGAGUAACAGUUGACAAGAAAUAAAAUAGGCUGUUACAGAAAUUAAAUAUUUCUACGAAA